AUGCCUGGGACCUUCUUUACAUCAUGGGAUUUAUGGCAGGAGAUGACCUUUGUCCUGGCCAUGGGGAUUGUGUCAGUGUUUUGCGCAGGGCUGUUCAAGUUAUGGUGGAAUAACCGUCUGAUGAAGAAAAAGGAGAUAUUGGACGAGGAAAAGCGGGCGCGGGUCGAGGAGAUGCGCAAGACCGGGCUUCCCAUGAAGCGAGCGAAUACGGUCCCGUUCGGUAUUCGGGCUCUCCAGAGCGGUGUCGAGGUCGACGGCAUCUGGACCGCGGUGCCGACCGAGCUAGGGGAAAAAUUGGCGUCCUCCGCUACCUUGACCGGAGGCCACGACUCGGAUUCGAGGGGGAAGGGGGUCGACUACUCCGAGGAUGACCGAUCCGUCCGCGUCAAGACAAAAGGUCCGGGCUCCAGGCUGAACCCGUCGAACGCUUCCGGCUUCCUCAAACCCGCCGACACCGAGUCCAUCGCAAGCAACAACUCCGCCUUGCCCGGCCCUCAAGCGGCAUCCUCCCAGUCCGCCCACGGGGGCAGAUCAAAACGACAACCUUCCCGCACCACGGGCAACCUCAACGAGGACACCCUACGGCGGCUCGAAGGCCAAUCACCAUCGCCAAUGAACCGCCACUAUGACGGCUACAUCCCAGCCGCGACCACAACCACCGCCGCAUCCACACCCCCCGCCUCAACCUCCGCUCCAACCUCCUUCCGAUUCCACUACCCACACCGCGCCAGCGGUCGCAAUUCGGCCGCCUCGUCCACCGCCGACUCGAUCGAUUCGCACCAGCGCAGCUACACCUCGUCAAACAGCGCGGCCAAGCCCCACUACCACAUGGCUGGGGCGCGGAGCGCCAGCGGCGGCCGGGAUCCUUUCGGGACACCGGCGCGCACACCUAGCGGCUUUUCGAUGCUUUCGUCGGUGGGCGGUGGUGGUGGUGGGGAAGUGUUGUAUAGCCUGCAUCAUCAGCUGCAGCAGGGUCAUGGCUCAGCCGCGGAUCCACCUCGUCAGGAGAUGGCAACGCCCGAACCGACGUUUGGGCCUGGUGAGUUGCACUACGGCGCGGCUGGGAGGAAUGGCAGUUCGCGGAGGGUGGUCGCGAGUGAGAGUGGGUAUGACUUGGUGCUGCCUCCGGGCGUUAUUGGGGGGAGUCGGAGCCGGGGGUCCGGUGGGUCGUCGACUUCGAGAUGA